GUCGUCGCGGGCGGCGUCGUCAUCGUCGUCGUCCGUCAUGCUCCUGGCUGACUGACGACGACUAGACUAUCUUCUGGGAAACGCAUUAUAAAAAGGCACCUGUCACGACCCGGCCAGAGUUAGUCCGUCGGGAACGAUCGUCGGGGGUGGACAGCCUAAUCGGCGAACAAGGAUACUAGUAUCAAAUACCAACGUGAAGAAAAAGACGGUUAAAAUUUGAAACGCAACAGAUUAGUGGAUUCGAUUCCGAAUCGAUUGUGGCGUAGGCAAAUCAAAGUGAGAUAAUCGUGUGGAACACCUAUUUGGGGAAUUGAACGGCAGUGUGAUAAGGCGAUAACACGACGCCACGCCAGCGAAGGGCCGCUAUUUUUAAUCCUUGAAAAUCCGACAAUGACGUCCAAUUGGCUGAUCGGUUUGAUUGCUGUCUUGGUAGCAGCGCUUCUUCCGCCCAUAACCCGAGCUGACGAAUGGCACUAUCCGACACCCGCACCAAAUGGAGUAAUUAAUGAACCGGAGCACUGGGGUGGACAAUGUGAAACUGGACGGCGCCAAUCGCCAAUCGAUCUGACGUACCAGGCUGCCGUCAAAGGGGACUUCUCGCCGUUCCUGUUCAGCAAUUACAUGAACCCCAUCCGAAACGCUCAGCUGACCAAUACGGGUCAUUCUGUUCAAAUCGACAACAGCGACCCCUCGGUAACCCUGUACGGCGGAGGACUUCCCGGCAAGUUCAUCCUCGACCAAAUGCACUUCCACUGGGGAUCGGAGCACACCAUCGCCGGCGUCCGCUACGGCUUGGAGCUGCACAUGGUCCACCACGAUUCCCGCUAUAACUCGCUCACGGAGGCUGCAGCCGUCAAAAACGCCGUAGCCGUCCUGGGCGUCCUGUUCCACGUCUCCAAUCAGGACAACACCCACCUGGAUGUCCUACUCGAAACUUCCCAGGACAUUCGCGAUGCCGCUGGCAAGAGCGCUCCCCUAAAGGGCAAACUGUCCCCGCACAACCUCCUGCCCAAGAACCGCACUUCCUACUUCCGGUACGAAGGAUCCCUCACCACGCCGACCUGCGCCGAGUCCGUUAUCUGGACCGUGUUCACCGAGAGCCUGCCCGUUUCGUUGGAUCAGGUCGAACUGUUCAAAACCAUCCACGAUCCCACCGGUCACGAACUGGUCGUCAACUACCGCUCGCUGCAACCGCUGAACGCCCGCGCCCUGGUUUACCACUCCGAGAAGGAUUACUCCGGAAGUGGUGCCACCCUGCGGGUCGGUGCGCUUACUUUGAUCAUGGCUGUCGUAGCGGCUCUGCUGACAAAGUAGGCGGCGUAAUCGAGAGGGCAACAUAAUGAAAUACUCGGCGAAGAAUAGAGGUGCUUAGAUGAGGGGUCUUCCGGGACCAACCGGAAGGACCUCGCGGAGGGAGUUUGUGAUAGAUUUGUGUUCUGGUCGGUAGCAUAGCUACAUUGGGUACGCAUGGAAAACCCGUUUAGAGGCGAAAAGCAACUCGGUUGUGCUGUCAUAGUUCGUUAGAGAAAGAGUUAUACUUAGUUUUGUGACAUUAGCUCGUAAGCCACCCAAAAACCAUUGUCCCAAGGAUCAAUAUUACUUAGCUUGUAAGGAGAGAACAGGAUAGCUUGAUGAAGGUUAUAAUAUAUUAUUAUAAUUGUUCAUAGAAACUGUAUUGUCCGUUAACAGUCGAAAUAGAGUUUAUUGUGGUUGAAGAAA